AUAUGAACAAUUUUAAUUUAUUUUGUCUGUUAUUCUUUUAUUUUAGGCUCUCUUAUUUUUAUUUCUUUUAUUUUAGGAAGCGCUCAAUUUCUUCAAGCAAUCGAAUGGACCAAUAUCAACUUAGAUAUUUUAGUUUAUUAAUUGGUUUACAAGUUCAAGAAUUUCAAAAUUCGAUUUAUCAACAUGCUUUUUUACUUACCUUUCCUGAUGGACAAUCAAUGAUGUUUAAUGCUAAAAAUAAUGAUGACAGGUAUUGCUUUGUGACUGAUAUUCGGGAAUCUAUUGCUGAAUCAACUGAAAUGGAACAUUGGCGUAUUCACUUGGAAAUGGAACGACAACAACAUCAAAACAAUCAUUUGUCUGGAAUUGGUGCUCGUUUGGCUGAACAUGAUUUUCAAAUUGGGGGGCAACAACAAAGGGGAGGAAUAACAACUACACCAACAUCGACACCUACAAGUCAGAAGCAGAAUUUACAUAGUAUAAGUGUUGGAAGUUGUAACAAUUCUUCGGCUGGGGCAAUGACAAUGGUAACCACAACAACUGUCGAUAGCAUUCAACGGGAUUCUGGUCUUCCUGAUAUGGAUUGUCAUGCUUCAUCUUCUGUUGGUCAUUCCCAUUCAACAAUAUCCUCAACUUCAAUAUCUCCAUCACCUGCUGACUUCACUUAA